CAGGCCACGCCCCCUUCGUCGCCGCCAUGUCUGAGAGGAAGACAAGGAAGGGGGAAGCAGGGAAAUGAGGAUUGUGUGGAGCCACCUCUUGGGUGAAGUAAGGAAACCAGUAAUAUAGGAAGAAGAAGAAAUAAUCUCAAGGUGAUGCUCUUGCUGACUUCUUGAGUUCAGUUACAGAUAAGAAAGGGAAAUAAUACCAAGUAUCCGUAUUGCAAUUCAACAACCUUAUCACUGUUGACAUGGAGGAGAAAACAUUUAAAUGCCUGGAGUGCGGAAAGAGGUUUACUCAGAAGGUUGAUCUGCAGCAACAUGAAAGGACUCACACUGGGGAGAAGCCCUAUAAGUGCCUGGAGUGUGGCCAGAGCUGCACUCGGAGUUCAACUCUAUAUUUACAUGAACGGACUCACACUGGAGAGAAACCAUUUCAAUGCCUGGAGUGUCGAAAGAGCUUUACUGGUAAUGCAAGUCUACACAGACAUCAAAGAACACACACUGGGGAGAAACCUUAUAAAUGCCUUGAGUGUGGACAGAGCUUCAGUCAGAAUGGAAAUCUACGUGUGCAUCAAAGGACUCACACUGGGGAGAAACCAUUUCAAUGCCUGGAGUGUCGAAAGAGCUUUACUGGUAAUGCAAGUCUACAUAGACAUCAAAGAACACACACUAGGGAGAAACCUUAUACAUGCCUCGAUUGUGGACAGAGCUUCAGUCAGAAUGGAAAUCUACGUGUGCAUCAAAGGAUUCACACUGGGGAGAAACCCUAUACAUGCCUGGAGUGUGGCCAUAGCUUCAUUAACAAUUCAAAUCUACGUUCUCAUCAAAGGACUCACACUGGGGAGAAACCCUAUACAUGCCUGGAGUGUGGACAGAGCUUCACUCAAAAUUCAGGUCUACGUUCGCAUCAAAGGACUCACACUGGGGAGAAACCCUAUACAUGCCUGGAAUGUGGACAGAGCUUCACUCAUAAUUCAGGUCUACGUAUGCAUCAAAGGACUCACACUGGGGAGAAACCCUAUAAAUGUCUGGAGUGUGGAAAGAGCUUCACUCAGAAUUCACAUCUACAGAGGCAUCAAAGGAUACACACUGGGGAGAAACCGUUUAAAUGCUUCGAUUGUGGACAGAGCUUCACUGAGAAUGGAAAUCUACAUAUACAUCAAAGGAUUCACACUGGGGAGAAAUCCUACAAAUGCUUGGAUUGUGGACAGGGUUUCAUUGGGAGUUCAAAUCUACGUUCACAUCAAAGGAUUCACACUGGAGAGAAACCCUACAAAUGCCAGCAGUGUGGACAGAGCUUCAUUAGGAUUACACAGCUACGUUCACAUCAAACAACUCACACUGGGGAGAAACCGUUUAAAUGCUUGGAGUGUGGACAGGGUUUCACUGUGAAUGCAAGUCUACAUAGACAUCAAAGAACUCACACUGGGGAGAAACCUUAUACAUGCCUGGAUUGUGGACAGAGCUUCAGUCAGAAUGGAAGUCUAUGUGUGCAUGAAAGGACUCACACUGGGGAGAAACCCUAUAAAUGCUUGGAGUGUGGACAGAAAUUUUCACAGCAUGGACAUCUACGUUUGCAUCAAAGGACUCACACUGGUGAGAAACCCUAUGCAUGCCUGGAAUGUGGAAAGAGCUUCAGUAAUAAUGGAAAUCUACGUGUGCAUGAAAGGACCCACACUGGGGAGAAACCCUAUAAAUGCUUGGAGUGUGGACACAGCUUCACUCAGAUUGGAAAUCUACGUGUGCAUCAAAGGACCCACACUAGGGAGAAACUCUAGAAAUGCAUGGUGUGUGGAAAGAGCUUCUCUGAGAGUUCAAAUCUACAUAGACCUACAAUUCACAUUGGAAAGAACGGUAGUAUUUGACCCCAGAGAGACUCCCGAAAACAGAGCUUUCCAAACGUUUCAUGUUGGUGACAUCCUUUCGCAACAUGGUAAUUCAGUUCAACAUGUGACCAGAGCUUAAACCAACCUCUUAUAAGAUUUUGAAUAUAAAUAUAAUAUAAUAAUAUUGACAGAUUUGUUUUAUAUACUCAAUACUACAUAAACAAGUCUUAUAUCUUUUCAAAAUCGUUAAUAGACUUACACUUAUUCCAGCCAAAUCUUAGCUUAUAUCCUUCUAGGUAGAGUAAAACUCGAUUUUCUAAUCUAACCCACUCCUUUAGCCUUCCUAAUUCUAAUAUUUAAUAUUUCUAACAUCCACAUGAUAGUCAAGGAUGUCAAAGGGCAUAUGGAUUUCUGCCUAUAUGUUGGUUGCAUGGCUCCAAGUUUGAUUUUUAUUUUUAUACUUUAAUUAUUAAAUACACGGGUUAUCCGGAAAGUAAGGUUACAAGGCAUGUAGCUCUCAUGGGGAAUGUUGGUAUCAUUGCCAUGUAGUGUGAAGCCAGUGGAAGCGAACGAGCAGUGCCAGUUGUCAGUAGCUCAUCGACUACUGUGGUCAUUGCUAAUAGUCAACAGGGAUUCAUCAAAAACAAGUCAUGCAAGACUAACUUGAUCUCUUUCUUUGAUAGAAUUACAAGCUGGGUAGAUGUUCUAUUCUGCCUUGGUUAGACCACACCUGGAAUACUGUGUCCAAUUCUGGGCACCACAAUUGAAGAGAUAUUGACAAGCUGAAUGUGUCCAGAGGAAAGUGACUAUAAUGAUCAAGGGUCUGGAGAACAAGGCCUAUGAGGAGCAUCUUAAAGAGCUGGACAUGUUUAGCCUGCAAAGGAGAAGACUGAGAGGAGACAUGAUAGCCAUGUAUAAAUAUGUGAGGAGAAGUCAUAGCGAGGAUGGAGCAAACUUGUUUUCUGCUGCCCUGGAGACUAGGACACAGAGCAGUGGCUUCAAACUACAAGAAAGCAGAUUACACCUGAACAUUAGGAAGAACUUCCUAACUGUGAGAGCUGUUCACCAGAGGGACUCUCUACCCCGGAGUGUGGUGGAGGCUCCUUCUAUGGAGGCUUUUAAACAGGCUGGAUGGUGCUUUGAACACGAUUGUCCUGCUUCUUGGCAGAAUGGGGUUGGACUGGAUGGCCCACGAGGUUUCUUCCAACUCUAAGAUUCUAUGACUGGAAUUGUGGUGAAGGUUAAAAGUGAGCGUCCUUAUUCUGCUUCCCUCCAAGUGCAAAGUUCUCACUGUAUGAGGAACAUCCAGAAAGUCAGGUUACGAGAUUUUUUAAAAUACAAAGAAUGAAAAUGUUUGAAUAAAACUUACAUGGAUUAUAGCAUAGGUGUUAGAUUAUUUUUCCAUAUGAUCGCCAUUCAGUUCAAUACAUUUUGUCAUCUGUGAUGUCUUGGACUUUUCCAUUUGUGCUCAGUUUUAGGGGUGGAGCUUAAACCCUCCUAUAGGCCUGGCUCUGUUGGUUUAGCCUUUUUGCCUCAGAGCUUGUCUGAAAGGGUUUUCCCUCCUUAUUCUGGGUUAGAGCUUUAGAGAAGAAGGCCAGACAUUGUCUGGGUUUCUUGGCCUGGCAAUCUAAACAGGCAUUCUAUAGCAUGUAUAUACCUCAUCAUAGCUGUGUGU